CCCGACUUGAAGACGCCGUCGUGUCCACUCCAGUGCAGGGCUGUGGCUCCAGCAGGGCGGGCUCCUCCCGGAAGCCCCCCACCCCACAUCUCUGGAGGCAACCCCUCCGGCAGCGCAUGUUGCCAGGUCCUCCCGGCCUGCCACCCGCGCUCGCCGCCGGGUAUCGCGACGCUCGCCCGAGGCUGCCGCCAUGAUUGGCGCGGGCCCGCCGCAGGCGCCAGCGCCGCCUGGCCGGCCCAGAGGCGAGGCCGAGUCGGCGUCCAGAGGUGCUGCCGCCGAUCUCUUCCGCUUCAGCGUCACCAUGCGGAAGCCCCCGGGCGUCACCCUCGGCAUCGAAGUGUCUUGGGUUUCAGGGCCAGUCCAGCCAUGGGCCGGCAUCUUCAUCUCGAAGAUCACCGACGACGGUGCCAUCCGCGACUGGAACAGCUGGAGCCAGGAGCCCUACAGGGUGCGGCCUGGCGACUUGAUCUACCAGGUGAAUCACGUGAAUGCCGAGGUCUCCAUGGCCAUGAUCGAGGAGAUGCAGCAGAAUGACAGUCUGGUGCUGCACCUGAUGCGCAGCCCUGGAGACACCCCGCCCGAUCAGCAGGCUGGCGGAGAGGCCGUUGGCAGGCUGGCCGCGGGGCCCAAGGAGCUCGCGAUCACCGCGGAGUCUCUCUUGCCGCAGCUGCUCGACUUGGGCGACGAGGCGCUGGCGAGCGUCGUGGGCGCCGCGCUCCGGAGACGGCGCUGGCUGCAGCGGCCCGUGCUCGAGAGCCCCCCGCAGCCGCCCCAGGCCGGUUGGCCCCCGGCGGCCCCGGCGCCGCCUCGCCCGGAGCUCCCGCACGAGCGGCCGCCGCAGCCGCCGCAGGAGCAGCCGCCGAAGCAGCCGCGGGGCCUGCCAGAGCCGCCCACGGGGGAUCGCCCACAGCCGGUGCAGACGCCGCCGUUUGGCCUGCCCCAGCCGCCGACGACGCCUCCCCCCGGGAUGGCUGAGGAGGGCCCUGAGGCCGCCGCCGACGAGCCGCAGGAAGUCGACGAGCCCGAGCAGGAGGCCGACGAGCACGAGCCCGACGAGCAGGCCGCUGCGGAGGCCUCCGAGGAUUCGGGGGCCCAGCACGAGCCCGAGGCCGAGGCCGGCGCGGAGGCGUCCGAGGACUCGGAGGAGGCCGGUACGGAGACCGAGGAGCAGCCCGAGGAGCCGCCAGAGGACUCCGCCUCCGAGGAGCAGCCCCCGCCGGAGGGUGCGCCCGGGCCCGCCGCGGCGGCACCCGCGGCGCCUCCUCCGGGGCUGUCGGAGGAGGGCCCGCCCCCAGGGCUGUCAGAGGAGGGCGAUGAAGAACCCAGGGAGCAGGAGGAGGCGAAGGAGGAGGAGCAGGAGGAUGCGGCGGACGCGGAGCCGGAGGGCCAGGAGCUGGAGGAGCCAGAGGCCGCCGAGGACGCGGCGGAGGACGCCGAGGCCACAGAGGAGGCGGCCCCCGCCGCAGAGGCGGACCCAGAGGCCACACGGCGUCCCGUCCCGCUGGGGCCUCCGCCAGCCAGACCGCCGCCCGUCCCGCCCGAGCCAGCGUCACAGGAGCAGCAGUCCGAGGAGGGGUUCUCGGAGAGCCCCGACGGCAUCCCUACUUCCACGGCGUGCCCGCAGGCCUCUUCUUGGGCUUCCGUGGCGGCGAGACCGAAGCCUAGCCCGAAGGCCAAGGACGGCGGCAAAGGCGCGUCGCCGACUUCGCCGUCAAAGCUGUCGCCGCCCGUGUUCUGGGACAGCGACUUCCCCGCGCUCGGCGGCCCCGCGAAGUGAGUUCCCAGCGAUGCCGCGCUUGGUGCUGGCAUAUCCGGGGCCUGGCCAGGGCUGGCCGGCACGACCGGGGUUUCCUGAUGCGGGCCUACUGGUGUCCCCCGAUCGCCGAACGCGAUGCGAUAGUAGAGUCUUGUGCGCUUGUGUUUGGUCCCCCCGUGGCCCCCAAGAAGCCGCGCACCAAAGGUCACUCUUACCCAGGGUCACUCUUGCGUGUAGCCAAGAGAAGAAUCAGCUGCAGGCGCACAAUGACUCAGAGAUCCGCGUGGAUUUCUUGGGUCGGUACUGGACCCAUUUGCGGCGCCUCGGGCGCCCACCCUUGCGCGAUGCGCGCGCCAGGGAAGGGGGGUCCAGCGCUGACCCCACAAAAACGCGCGGACCUUUGAAACGUUAUGUUAUGUAUCGGACCGCUGUUUUCAAUCGUUCCUCCCGCUCCGCCGCGGCCGCCCUCAUAGGCAGCCGCGGAGGAGGAGCAGCGUGUCGCGUUUCGUCCGUGCACUAUGAUGCGCAUGGGUUCACGGCAGGCGGCAGGAUUGCGGCUCCUUUAAGGUUGCCCGGUGCUGCCUGGGCGACGUUGGACUUAGGGAAUGCUGAGCACAACUUCGUUCGUCCUCCAAUCGACGAGCAUAAUACUCGCGAA